ACACUUUCCAUCUCUCACACAACAACUUUGAAGACAUAACUUUAAAUUAAAAUUCAAACAUUUCGUAUUUAGUUAGAGAAUUAGUAGGCCGUAUUGGAGAUUCGUAUCCAAAUCUAAAAAGUGUCAAAGUUUGGGAUAUUCGGGCAUUUCCUUCAUACCUCACUUUAGUUCCGAACCUGCCAACCUGCAGUUCGGCUUUCGGUUUUCUUAUAUGUAGAUCAUAUUUUUUUGAGAGUUGUAUAUAUAUAUUGAUAUUUUAGUUAUUCAGUUCAGUUCUUCAGUUCAGUAUAAAUUUCGGGAUUAGUAAGAGAAACAAACAACAAGCCCAGUAAGUGUAACAAAUAUCAAAACAAUGCGUAGUCUAUUUUCAAAUCGGUACAACAACUCGCGACAAGAAUUCUAUGAACGCUACGAAGCUGCCCGGAUAUUGCAUCCCAAUCUGCCAUUGUGUGAGAGACCUCUACAACCAGCCCAGCAACAAAUCGUAGACUGCUCAACCCGGAGACGAUACAAAUCCUACAGAGAACUCGCCAACCAGACCCGCGAACAGUUGGAGAGCGAAGCCUGGCUGGCCAGUGACCGCCUGCCGAUAGUGGUGCGCCGCUCCAUCGAGACCAGGACGAACAAGGUGUUGAUGCCACGCUACGAUCCGUCCUCAGCCACCCACGAGUUCAGUCACAACGGAAGGCCUCGCCGCCGUGGUCGUCGUCCCGCCGCCUCCACAAUCGCCAAAAUCGCCUCAGACUUUGCCAAACAGGUCGGUGGUAUGCCGCCCAGUCGCUCGCCAUCGCCUCAUCAUGAGGGCGAUCCUCUCCAACUCGACACCGAUGAGGCCAAUAAGGAAAAAUUGAACUUCAUGCCGUUGGAUGAUUCACCCACAUCGUCCUCAUCAUCGCCAUCCUCGGUAGAGUCUCCAUCGCCAUUGUCGGUGUCCACGUCAUCGUCGCCAUCUUCCGCAUCCUCUUCGUCAUCAGCGGAUGCCGCGCCGAACAGCCAGGAGCAGGUACUGGAGCCAAAGGUCAAGGCCAAAAGAGGUCGCCGUCCCAAGGAAGGCUUUCCCGUGUACGGUACUGGGGACAUCGAUGACGAGAACAAGGAGAAUGUUCCACCAAAAAUGGGUAACGAUCAGGAUGGGGACAACCCACGAUCCAGAUCUUCGAUUGGACGCAUCUUCAUGUGCCCGGUUCCGGCUUGUAAACAACAUUUUGCUCUACGCCGUUCUUUGUACAAACAUCAACGAGAGGCUGGCCACCACAACUGGUCACACAAGUGCGAGAAGUGUGGCCAGAUCUUUCGCACGGCAGGCUUCAAGAGGAUGCAUGCCGAGGGAGCCUGUGAGCGCAAUUUGCUGAAACAGAAACUGAAAACCAAAUGAAAUUAAGCAACUUGUAUAGCGGGGGAACAAUGACUGAAUAAAUCGUAAUACACUUCCCCAUA